AUGUGGGCCAGACUGCUUGUAGCGCUGCUUAUAGGGUCUCUCUUACUGGUCGAGGGAACAGAUACUACCGACGGACACGAGAGUCACACGGAGAAAGCGAGCAGCCCUAACCAGAAAGGACGCCUCUCCUUACACAACACAGCCGAGAUUCAGCACUGUCUGGUAAAUGCUGGAGAUGUGGGCUGUGGCGUGUUCGAGUGCUUUGAGAACAAUUCGUGUGAAAUCCGUGGACUACAGGAAAUCUGUCUGACUUUCCUACACAAUGCUGGGAAGUUUGACUCCCAGGGCAAGUCUUUCAUCAAAGACGCGUUGAAAUGCAUGGCCCAUGGCCUGAGGCACAAAUUCAGCUGCAUCAGUCGAAAGUGCCUGGCCAUAAAGGACAUGGUGUUCCAGCUCCAGCGGGAAUGCUACACGAAGCACAACUUGUGUUCAGCAGCGAAGGACAACGUUAAUGUUAUUGUGGAGAUGAUCCACUUCCAGGACUUGCUACCUAAAGGUCCAUAUGUAGAACUGGUGAACAUUCUGCUGUCCUGUGGUGAAGCAGUAAAGGAGGCCAUUAGCAGAAGUGUCCGGCAGCAGUGCGAGCAAAACUGGGGGGCUCUUUGUCAAAGCCUGAGCUUCUGCUCAUCACCGCCUCACCUUGCCCACCAGGAGCGGCACCCCAGCCCACAAGAACAUCCUAAAAACCCACGACAAGCAGACAAAGACAAGCCUGGAAAAGGAGGCUCUGGCGCCCAUUCAAGAAGUCGUGGCCAUGGUACCCGUCGUGCCAGCCUUGACGCCACAAUGGCCGAGCAGGAAGAUCCCGAGAAUACAGACAUCCGGAGGUGAAGAAUCUCCACAAUACCCCCACUACCCAAACACAGACUGAGUAAAACUAAAUCAGUCCUUUCCCAGUGAAGCUCUCCACCUGUCCUUUCUCCUCCAACAGUCAUUCCAGCUAUCCCAGACUUCGUUUUUGCAGGGUAUUUGUGACAUAGCUAUUUUUUUUUUUUUUUUUUUUUUUUUUUUGAUACUGAAGAUUAUAGACUGUUUUGGUCUCGUCACAACUGGGGUUAUGGUUCAGCUCUAACAUAGCAUUUUAAUUUUUCAGAUCAAUCUGUAAAAUUGUUAUUUAUUUUAUCAUGCAAUGUUUAAAUAUAAAAUGUACAUAUAAAUCAAUGUAUAUCUAUUAUUAUACAAACCUGUAUAAAUAUAUCCAUUUUGUGUGUGAGUGCGUGUGUGUGCGUGUGUGUGCGUGUGUGCGAUUGUACUUCAACACUUGUUAAUUAAAUAUGAAGUGUACAGUCAUGUCCAGGCCUGGCACAUAAAAUAUAGUGAAUUUUUGGUAAACAAAACUCA